AUAGCGAAAAGUUUUUUCGAAUUUAAGCGCUCGAUUACAUUCUUCUACAAUGAGGAUGCCUCACGCAAAUAAAAAUCUGAUAAUUAUAAUUUCUUGAGUACUCUCUUUAAGAAACGUACAAAUUGUUGAGUACUAUCGCAUUAUCCAAACUUUGUACCUAAUAUAUUAUAUUCUGAUUAGUCAAACUAUUUCAUCUGAUCAAUAAUUUAAUUUUGAUAUGGACCACAUAGAUAAAUUCAUUUAUAUAAAACACGAUUGAAGAUGCAUGGUCUUACGUCAUGCACACAAUAGACUGUUGACAGUUUCACACCCAGGGAUUGUACUGGAUUUUAGUGAUAAAAAUUGCAGUUCUUUAUUAUUUUAGGCGUGGUUCUAAAUUUACCGGAAAUAUAAUAACAAUUUAGGCUUUUCUAAAUUACCAAUUAUGGAUGGUAAACUUCCAGCAUGUGUUAUAGACGUGGGAACGGGGUAUACUAAACUAGGAUUCGCUGCAAAUAAAGAACCGCAAUUUAUAAUACCUUCUGCCAUAGCAAUUAAAGAAACUGCAAAAGUAGGAGAUACUACAACUCGUCGUUUAAAUAAAGGAGUUGAGGAUCUUGAUUUUUUUAUUGGUGAUGAAGCCUUUGAUGCUACAGGAUAUGCUGUUAAGUAUCCAGUCCGUCAUGGUCUUGUUGAAGACUGGGACCUAAUGGAAAAGUUCCUAGAACAAUGUAUAUUCAAAUAUCUUCGUGCUGAACCUGAAGAUCACUAUUUUCUUCUCACAGAACCUCCACUGAAUACUCCAGAAAAUAGAGAAUAUAUAGCAGAAAUUAUGUUUGAAUCCUUCAAUGUGCCAGGAUUAUAUAUAGCAGUUCAAGCAGUAUUAGCAUUAGCUGCUAGUUGGGCAAGUAGAAGUAUUGAAGAACGUACUCUUACGGGGAUAGUUAUUGACAGUGGAGAUGGUGUUACCCACGUUAUUCCAGUAGCAGAAGGUUAUGUUAUCGGAAGCUGCAUAAAACACAUACCCAUUGCUGGAAGGAAUAUUACAUAUUUCAUCCAAUCCCUUUUGAGAGAACGAGAGAUUGGCAUACCUCCUGAACAAUCACUAGAAACUGCUAAAGCAAUAAAAGAAAAGUACUGUUACAUAUGCCCUGAUAUAGCUAAAGAAUUUUCAAAAUAUGAUACAGAUCCAGCAAAAUGGAUGAAAAAAUAUGAUGGCAUUAACUCAGUUACAAAACAACCUUUUAGUGUAGAUGUAGGAUAUGAGCGAUUUCUGGGACCAGAGAUUUUCUUUCAUCCAGAAUUCUCUAAUCCAGAUUUUACUAUACCAUUAUCUCAAAUUGUCGAUGAUGUUAUUCAAAAUUGUCCUAUCGAUGUCCGCCGACCUUUAUAUGAUAAUAUUGUCCUGUCUGGUGGUUCCACUAUGUUCAAAGAUUUUAGUAGAAGAUUGCAGAGGGAUAUUAAACGCACUGUAGAUGCAAGGCUAAAACUUAGUGAAACGUUAGGUGGAGGUAGAUUGAAGCCAAAACCAAUUGACGUCCAAGUCGUUUCCCAUCAUAUGCAACGAUAUGCUGUGUGGUUUGGUGGAAGUAUGCUGGCUUCAACACCUGAGUUUUAUACUGUUUGCCAUACUAAAGAAGACUAUGAAGAAUAUGGACCCAGUAUUUGUAGGCACAAUCCUGUUUUUGGUACCAUGACGUAAACUUAAUGAAAUUGUAUAUUAAACAGAUUUUUUUAUAUUUCGUAUACACUUUUAAUUUGCUAAAUGUAAGUUCUAAUUUUAAAUAUUCAAUAAAACUUUAUUUAUUUCUUAUGCUUUCACCUCAGGUGUAUAUACUAAUAGGAUAUAUUUAGCAAUAAUUACGAAAUGAAUGCGACGUUUUAUAGUUUGUUGAAAAUUAAACUCUUGUAUUAAAAA